CAUCCGCUGCCGCCAACCUCCCCAUGUUGCUUCCCCCUCCUCGCGCAUCCUCGCAGCCCACAGCCGCCCGCCAGCCCCACAGGGUAUAGUGGCGUAGCGUGGGAGACAGAGUGGUGGUCUGCACGUUAGGGUGCGCUGGGGACUACUGAGGCGGGCGGAUACCGAGCCGCCCCUCAGACGGAGGCUAGCCCUGGCCCCGCCCACCUCGUCGGAACUACGGUGGGCCUGAGAGGGGGCGUUGAGCGAUUUCUGACGUAUCCCUCCGCCCCCCUCACCCUCGCGGCCAACGGUUCUCGCCGCGUCGCGUCCUGCGCAGCUCCUGCGGGGUUUGGCGCAGAGGCGCGGGAGGCGGACGGUUCUUUGCCAUUCUGGUGGCGCAGGAACCAGGAAAGCGGUGGGAAUCCGAGUUUGCGGCUGCCAGUGGAGAGGGGCGAACAGGUUCCUGUCGGUGGCAGAGUCUCCUGUCUGCGCGGCAGGUGUAGUAAUUUCUGACAGGCCACAGUGUGCAUCUGUACAGGAGAGGCUUGAGAAAAAGAAGGAGCAGGAAAAUGGCCUGGAUUUUUGCAGGCCUGCUUUAAGGCUGGUCAGUUCUUCAAGAAAACAAGAGAAGAGAGAUCGGACUCAAAGUUCUGGAGGCUGGACCCCUGUGGUUGACUGUGGAGCUUAAUACCACUUGAACAAAGAAAGGAGUGGAAAAUAGCACCAUACCAGUCCAGAUCGAUCUCCAGUGACAGCUCUGGUGGUGCAGAAGUUGCUGCUGGCCACCACCCUCAACAGGUCUGCACCCCGCCAGGAAUCAUCCAGCACCCCCCUAUCAACUUCUUGUUUUUCUGCCUAUAUGCAUAUUAUUGAGGGAGACUAUCUUCAGUAGGAGGCUAAGUGACUACCAAAUUGAUGAUCAAGCCUAUGUCUUGGUUUUCAGCUUAUAGUCUACAUUUCCAGAAGAUUAGUGUGUAAAACUGUAGUCCUCUGACUGUUCUCUGGCUGUGAUUACACCUGUGAUUUGGGGAAGUGUAUAUAACUUGGCUUUUUCUGAUUUGUAUCAUGACUGGUACAGAGCUUGAACUUGCUAAGGAGGAUAAACAUGAAAAGAAACCUGUGGAAAAGUUUGGUGUAGCUGAAAUAGAGAGUGAAGUCCCUCUGGUGGUCAGACCUAAGGUUAGGACCCAAGCACAGAUAAUGACUGGAGCAAGGCCUAAAACAAAGUCCAAGGUUAUUCCUGGAAUGUGGUCUAAAACCGAAGCAAGAGCAGUGGGUAGGGUAUAUACUAAGAGUAAAAUCAAAAUGAUCCCUGGGUCAAGAUCCAAAGAUGAUACCCAGGCCUGGGCCCUGAAUGAUUUUAAUACUGAGCCAAUGUCAAAGACAGAACAAGAUGCCCAAACCAGUGCCAUAAUCUUUCCAGUGGUCAGUACUGAUUCUGGGUUGGUUCCUAAAACUAAGUGCCUUUUUAUGGAUAGAGAAUUGGUUAAUAUAGACAAUGAGAGCUUUACUGGAAAGAAAGUUCAUUCUCAAGUGGGAUUCCAACCUUCCUUUGGGUCAGGAGAGAUAACUGAUGAUGAGACCUGGAGUUUUCUUAGGCCUUUAUCCAAACAAGAGUCCUCUCAGAAUUCUGUGAAUUCAUGGUUCUGGAAUCAAGAAGAUGUCAGUGUAAGAUUUCAUCCUGGGAAUGGGUUAAAGGAUAGUAACAGAUUCAGGCCUAUAUCCAAACAAGAGGCAAAUGAUUAUCCCAGGCACAAAAGCAAACAGGAUAUCUAUAUCGUGUCUAGUAGUUCUGAUUCUGAGGAUGAGUCUCUUGAGACAUCAUGGUUCUGUGGUAAACAAAAAACAAAUUCCUUGCCCAGAUCCAGGGAAGAGGUCAAUAGUAGGCCCUGGUUUAGGUCUAAGAAAGAAGUCAAUGUUGAAUUUAGUUCUGGGUCUGAGUGUGAAAGUGCUAUGAAGUCCUGGUUCUGGGAUAGAGAAGAGACCAAAUGUAGGUCUUUACCUAGAGCUAGGAAAGAGACCAAUAAGAGGGUGCAGCACAGUCACAAGCAAAAAGCUUGCAUUGAUGUCAUGUGUGAUUCUACAGAUGAAAUAAAAAAAGAGUCCUGGUUCUGGCCUGAAGAAAAGGAUAAUACAUUUUUAAAGUGUAACACCAAUAAAGAGGCCAGGGUGCAAGCAAUUGAAAAGGAAGAAGUCAAAACCAGGGUCAAACCAAAACAAAGAUCACAGGAGGAAGCCUUCACUGGGACUUGCUUCUGGACUACAGAAGAGUCCACCCUGACGGAUGUGGCCAGUGUAAAGUCCAGUCCACAACUGGAGGAUGAGAGCAUUGUUGGUAGUUGGUUCUGGACUGAAGAAGAGGUCAGUAAGGAGACAGGGUCCAACAGCAAAUCUAGUCCAGUGCUUGAGGAGCUUGUUGACAAUUCCUGUGUAGGGACUGGGGAGAAAACUAGUACGGAAAUUGAGGCUGAGGCCACCUCUCAAUCUGUACUAGCAGCUAAUGAUGAAGAGGUCAUUGUUGGUUCCUGGUUCUGGGCUGGUGAAGAAGUCAAUCCCGAGCCCAAAGAAGAGACAAUUUUUGGGUCUUGGUUUUGGAGCACUGGUGAGGCUAGUGUAGAAUCUGAUGUUGGGGUCAGCUGUGAAUCAAGGCCACAGUCUGAGGAAGAAGUUGUAGGUCCCUGGUUAUGGACUGGAGAAGUCAGUAUAGAGGCUGGGGUUGGAGAAGAGUUUAGCCAAGGAUCUGAAGAAGAGACAAUAUUUUUGUCCUGGUUUUGGUCUGAAAACCAGACUCAGACUCGUAUGGAUUCUGUGAUGGAAACUAGCUGUGAUGUGCCAGGAGCUGAGGAGGAAGAGGAUCCCAUGUUUGGGUCCUGGUUCUGGGCUAGAGUAGAUACAUGUGAGGAGGCUAAAGUUAACAGCAAGUCUGGCGUGGAGCAUGAAGAAGUCAUCAUGCCAUCUUUGUUUGUGGCUAGAGAGGAGGCCAAUGUGAAGUUCGGAGGUGGUGUCACAAACAAAUUUACGGCAGAAGCUCAAGAUACUAGUAAUAAGUCUUGCUUCUGGGCAAAAGAAGAACCCUGUUUAUAUCGCGCUAGUAGAGGAAACUGGAAGCUUAGACCAGAGGAAGAAGAUACUGCUGAUUCAAGGUUCUGGUCCAAAAGAUACACGGGACCAGAGCCCCUUGUGGGAUCCUGGUUAUGGGCUGUGGAAGAGGGCAGUACAGAUUAUGAGGCUAGACAAAAGGCCAUGUUACCAACUGAAGAGAAGAUCAAGACGAAGUCCCAGUUCUGGAAAGAAGGUAAAGACACCACCAUAGAGACUACUGAUAGAAAGGAGUCCAGGCUAGAAGCUGAAGAGGAGGACAUUAUUGGUUCUUGGUUCUGGCCUGAGGAAGAAGACGGCCUCGAGGUACAAACUGAGAAUAGGAAAGAGAGCAGUGUAAGAGUCGAAGAGGAGGAGGAUUCUGUUUUGGGGUCCUGGGGUAGGCAAGAGGCUAUUCAAGAGAGUGGGUUUUGCAGCAAAUAUAGUUCCAAAGCUGAUGUGGAGGAAGUCAUUGUUGGAUCCUGGUUCUGGGAACCAGAAACAAGUUUAGAGACAGUUACAGCAGAUAUUUUUGAAACCAAGACUGGGACUGAGGAAGAGGAAAUCAUUGUUGGACCUUGGUUCUGGCCUAAAGAAUCUGACAGAGAAGCUGAGUCUCAGGCAGUAGAUGAAACCCAGUCAAAAACUGAAGGAAAAACAAUUUUGGGGUCCUGCUAUUGUGCUAGAAAAGAGGUUAAUAGAGAAGUAGGGAUGUGCUGUGUAUCAGAGCCAGCAUAUGAGGAAGAAAUGAUUAUUGAGUCCUGGUUCUGGUCUAGAGACAAGACUGUUAAGGAAAUUGAAACUGUAGCUACCUGUGAGUUUGGAUCACAAGAUGAUAAAGGGGAAGUUGUUAAGUCUUGGUCUAAAGCCACACAGGAGAUGAAUAACCAAGCUGGUGAUGGAACUAACUGUGAGGCUGGGACAUUACUUGAUGAUGAGGAUGACAUAGUAGGGUCCUGGUUCUGGGUAGGAGAUGAGGCCCAUUUUGAAUCAAAUCCUAGCCCUGUGUUCAGGGCCACUUGUGAGUCUUGGGAUUCAGUUAAGCAGGAAUCUGAACCUUCACACAGACCUCAGAGUUGGGAUGAGGUCACUGUUCAGUUCAAACCAGGUCGAUGGGGUAGAGUUGGCUUCCGAUCCCUAAGCCCUGUUAGAUUUCCAAGCGAAGCAGCUCUUUUCCCUGAAAUGCUUGAGGAAAGCGGGGAUGAGGAGCUUAAUGCAGAAGGUGGAGAGCAAGAAUCUUUGUUUAAUUUUCAACCUCAGUUCUCAUUUCAAUAUGCUCCAUCCUACCGGUCAGUCCAGGAAAUUCGAGAGCAUCUUAGGGCCAAAAGGAAUGCAGAGCCUGAGUUCUGCAGCUGCAUACAGUGUGAACUUAGGAUUGAUUCUGAAGAGUUUGAAGAACUCCUUUUAUUAAUGGACGAAAUUCAGGAUCCUUUUAUUCAUGAAAUUUGUAAAAUUGCAAUGGGUAUGAGAAGUGCUUCUCAAUUUACCCGAGAUUUUAUUCGGGAGUCAGGUGUUGUCUCGCUUAUUGAAACUUUGCUGAAUUAUCCUUCCUCCAGAGUUAAGACAAGGUUUUUGAAAGAUAUGAUUCGUACAGCUCCAUCUUACCCAAAUCUAAACAUGAUUGAAACAUUUGUAUGUCAAGUGUGCGAGGAAACACUUGCUUACAAUGUGGAUUCCCUUGAGCAGCUGUCUGGAUUAAGGAUAGUUAGAUAUCUCACUACUACUACUGACUAUCAUACACUGGUUGCCAGUUAUAUGCCUGGCUUUCUCACCUUACUAGCUAUAGGCAAUAUCAGAACAAGAUGUCAUGUUCUGGAAAUGCUACUGAAUUUGUCUGAAAAUAUUGACAUGAUAAAAGAAUUACUAAGUGCUGAAGCAGUGUCAGUAUUUAUGAACUUGUUUUCCGAGGAGGAGGCAAAUGGCAAUAUUGAAAUUGUUCUUACAAUAUUUGAGAAUAUUGGUGAUAAUAUCAGAAAAGAGACAUUUUUCGGUGAUGAUGAUUUUAGUCUUGAGUCACUUAUUCCUAUAUUCCAUGAAGUUGAGCAAUUUGCCAAACUACUGCAAAGCAAAAUAGACAAUCAGAAUAAUCCGGAAGCAGACCAACAAAAUUAGUAUGAUUAAUCACUUGUGUCUGAUUGUUACUAUGUUCCUAAGUUAUGAUUGUUAAAUAAUGCUUUGGUUUUCACAAAAUAGCUGUGUGUUGCAGUGUACCUCUUUAAUGCUAACACUAACUUUGCAAAUAUUUAUGCAAGCUAAAUCAUUUUUCUGAUGCCAACUCAAAACUGAAAACUCACUUGUUGAUAUUUGUCUCGCCCAGGUUAUAAUAUUUAGUAUUUGAGCUUAUAGUGAACUGAGCCAUCAUAAAUAAGCUAUUCUUCUGACUGUUGUUCUGAUGUGCAGAUACCCUAUUCUUGUUUGUGUUUCAAUAAAGUUCUGUUAAAUUUA